UGUCGACGUCUCCGAGUUUUCUAGGAAAGAUACAGCUCAAGUUUGUUCAGUAUUUCAACGCAGUUAAGAGACAAAGGGUGUUCCGCUUAUCGUGGUGGGAUAGGAGCCAUUUUUAAAGAAAGAUUUCUUUUGCAAACAAAUUUUUUAAGAAUGAAAUUCGCGCUCGCCCUCUUGGCUGCACUAGCAGCUACCGUCUUGGCCCAGGACUCCUCGCAGCCAAGACUGCUGUCUCUCCCGGUUCCAGAGCUGUGUGCUUCCCGCCCUAAGCAAUGGCAGUUCGGAGGACACAACUACUUUUUCUCUUGGGACCAGGACAAAUUCAUCGACAUUGACCCCGCUACAGGCCAGAGACAGGGCCAGAAGGUAGACUGGCUGGAUGCCCGUAACAGAUGCCGCGAACACUGCAUGGACGCCGUCGGUAUGGAAACCGAAGCCGAGAACAAGAUGAUCGUCGACUUCAUCAGAAACCGUAACAUCACUUACAUCUGGACCUCUGGUCGCCUCUGUGACUUCACUGGAUGCUCCGAGCGCGAGGACCUCCAGCCCAUCAACGUCUUCGGAUGGUUCUGGUCCAACACCAACACCAAGAUGGCCCCCACCAACUCCACCCCACCAGGCUGGGCAUCCCAGCCCUGGAGUUCAAAGGGUCACACUGGAGGUCCCCAGCCUGACAACGCCGAGUUCGACAUCAACCAGACCAGCGAAUCCUGCCUGGGAGUCCUCAACAACAUCUACAAAGACGGCAUUGCCUGGCACGACAUCGCCUGCUACCACAAGAAGCCCUUCAUCUGCGAGGACAACGAGCAGCUCCUCAAUUUCGUCAAACACAACAACCCCGACCUCAAUCUCUAACGCUGCGCUUUGCUAUUCAGCUGAUCACGUCUGUGAUUGUUUCGGGGAGGGGAGGGGGUCUCGAUAGGCCACUCAGUGUGAAAGGACACUCCUAUGCACGUCAUUAAUGACACUAGCGUGUCACAUGUUUAGUUUUCUGAUGCAUUAUUCGCAGGAACAUCCAUCGAAGACUCCGAAAAUUAGGUAUCAUCAUUCGGUGGGUAGAAACUUCACAAGUUGAAACUCUUGAGGAGUUUCUCUCAAAUUCUCUCUCGUGCCAUUUGAGUCUUCAUCGAAGUGGUCUGAUUUUCUCUUGUAUAUGAAGUGAAAUACAAUAACUGGCAAAUAUAACAGAAAAGAUGGUCAUAUUAAAUUCUGUAUACUGUUCAUGUGACAUGAAGCAAAAGUAAAUUAUUUUAUCCGAACUUCUGGUUACAAAUCCCAGAAAUAUUUAUUUGUGAUGAAACUUAUUUUAAUGCUGUUUUAUUCAAUAAACUAAUACAAAUGU